AGUUCAAUGCGUUCCAAACAAACACCUUAAGAGUUAUUAAUGAAUCACAUCCAUGGUUGGGAAUAGUGUUAUCCAAGAAAACAAACGAUCUCACCCCGAAGAAAAACUCGUCCCGCGUAAUCCAAUUCCCAUUUCCCUCCCUCCCUCCUUCAUUCAUAAACUCAGCCGGAGCUCUCUUAUUCCCGCACAAUCGCCCACUCUAUUUCCGGUACCAUCCUAUUCCUAUUCCUAUUCCUCUCAUUUUUGUACAAACCCAUUUUUGCUCUCAAUAGCUCCCUUAUAUUCCAUACCAACUUUUUCUUUUUAUUUAAAAAUUUUCAGGAAAGUUAGGGCUUAGUGUUUCUGCUUCCUAAUUAUAUCCACAUUGAAUCAGGACUUGGAAUUUUCGGCUGUGGUUAGAAUGAGCGACUCAAGGGAGCAAUCUCCGGAUUGGUUGCGUACUUUUCAGGCGCCAACUCAGUCAACACUGACAUUGUCGUCAGAUUCUGAGCCGUCACCAAAAGGUAGCCCUUCAUCAGAUUCUGAGCCUUCACCAAAAGGUAGCCCUUCAAGGGCGGACAUAUUUGAUCUUGAUGAGCCAACUCCGGAUAAAUCAUCUAAAAUUCCAGAGAAAGACAUGAAUCAAGGUAUUGUUCUUGGUGAAAGUGGUGCAGGUUCUUCGUCCAGUAAGCCAUCCAAAGCAAAGUCUGCAAAAAGAAGACUGAAAGUAGAAGAUCAAACACCUCGGCAAAAGAAGAACACAGCUAACAAAAAGAGAAAAAGAGGAGAUGAGAGUGACAAAAAAGUUGCCAAGGAAGAAUCAUUAGAGAAGAACAUAGAACCUCAUGAACCAAAUGCUUCAGUUUUGACACUAUCAUCAGAUUCUGAGUCUGGUCAAGGCUAUAGACCUAUAAAUGAGGAUCAAAUUCAUCAUGGAGAAUCUUCUGACCAGAAAACCUCUGAGUUCCAAGGGGGAGCAAAGGGUGAUGAUGAUGCUCUUAUUGGCAGUGAUGGAGAGUCUCCAUCUAAGAAGGCUGCAAAAGAAAAAUCUCCGAGAAAGCGGCUAAAAGUAGAGGGUCACACAGCAAUUAAAGAAAAAAAAAAAGAUGAAAACAUUGAAAAAAAAGGAAAGAGUGGCAAUGUGGAAAUCGCAGAGGAAGAAACGUCGCAUAUGGAACCCCGUGCCUCCUCCUCAAGGUUGCCUUUGGUACUCUCUGACAAAGUCCAGCGCACGAAGGCACUUAUUGAAUGUGAAGGGGAUGCCAUAGAUUUGAGUGGUGAUAUGGGUGCUGUAGGACGAAUAAUAGUUUCAGAUACACCGUCAGGAAAUCAUGACUUGUAUUUAGAUUUAAAAGGAACCAUAUACCAAACAACAAUAGUUCCUUCCAGGACAUUUUGCGUUGUUAGCUUUGGUCAGUCAGAGGCAAAGAUAGAGGCUAUCAUGAACGACUUCAUUCAGCUUAACCCACAGUCUAAUGUAUAUGAAGCUGAAACUAUGGUUGAAGGAACAAUGGAUGGUUUCUUGUUUGAUUCAGAUGAUGAGGCUGAUAAGAUGCCUAAAGCCAUUUCUUCUAAUCAAAAUGAUCAGGACAUUGAAGGACAAACCAAUGGAAAGAUCAAAGGGAAAGCUGAGAAAAAAUCGGGGGGUGUCCGGAAGAGAGGCAAAACUGCAGGCGGAAAGACCCAAGCUCCAAAAAGAGUAAGAAAGAAAAAUCAAGUUUCAAAGAAAGGCAAGAGCAAGAAAUGAGAGACAAAUACGCUUUGUAUUUUGCAUACAUGUCAUAAGAUAUAAACCAUUAAUGACCAGAUAUUAGUUCUGAUAGUUGACAGGAGUAGGAGUAGAAUUGCCUUGUAUUAAUUUCAGUGACAGAUUAUAGUCAAAUGGUGGUCAUUGGUGCUUAAAUUCAUAAAAUUUAAGGUUUCAAGGAGUAUAUGUUGUAAUUUGUUUCUUUAA